AUGGAAUGGGACGGCGAGGUCGGCAUGAACUCCGUCCCGGACGGCGUCGUGCAGCACAUCCUGUCGAUGCUCAGCAACGCCCGCGACGUGGCCGCCUGCGCCUGCGUCUGCCGCCGCUGGCGCGAUUGCGUCCCCUACCUACCCGCGCUCUUCUUCCCGCGGAACGCCUUCGACGCGGCCGCCGCGGCAAGGGGCGCCGCGGACGACGUCAUCGGCCGGAUGGUGGCCUCCGUCGCGCGCCUCAGGGAGCUGGUCAUCUACUGCCCCUUCUCCAUGGCGCGCCUCCCGGCCUGGCUCGCCGCGCGGAGCGCCACGCUCCGGGUGCUCGAGCUGCGGAUGGACGCCGCCGCCGACAAGGUCGCGGAGGGUGGGCACCUCGACUGCAUCGGCCUGGCUUCGAACCUGGAGGAGCUCAGGCUCUGGGGAGUGUCUCUCACGGCCGCGCCCGCGUGGGGCCGGAUGGAGCGGCUCCGCGUGCUGGAGGUUGUCGGUGCGUCGCUGCGGGAUAGCGCCGUGAGGGACGCCAUCGCCGCGUGCCCCAACCUCACCGAUCUGUCUCUGCUUGGCUGCGACUGCUCCGGCACGGUGGCUAUCGACCUUCAACUGCUCCAGCGGUGCCGGCUCGACAUCCUCGGCGCCGGCAACUGCUCGCUGUUGCUCACCGCGCCUCGCCUGGAGUCGCUCGAGAUCCAGGGCUUCACCUGGAUCACUCUGUGUGGUGGCCACAGCCUCCGCCGCCUCUCAAUUGCCAAGAGCACCGGGAGGGUUCACAAGGUGGACACUGGGAAUCUCCCAGAUCUGGAUCACCUCUCGCUGCGCGGUGUCCAGUGGGACUGGGCCGCAGUGAGCUCGGUGCUGCAGUGCGCUAGCGAGGUGAAGCAUCUAGUGAUGAAGAUAGAGUUCUGUGGAGACUUGGACGCACUCCAGCCGUUCCCGGAAGUCGAUUUGGUUGACUUCUUCGACAGCCACCCCAAGCUCCGCAAAGUUGAGAUCCAUGGUGCCAUGUUCGCUGCCCUGUGUCAGAAAAAUAGCCUGAAAAAUUUGAAUUCAAGGUUCCUCAUCCCUUGUUUGGAAGAGGUUCUGAUCACUGUACGCUCCCCGCUCAAUGCUGAACAGAAGCUGAACACUCUCGAGUCGCUUGUGAAGUACAGUGUGAAGCUGCGGACGAUGGUCAUCAGAAUCUCACAGAUGAAGAAUUGCCAUGAAGCUGCUGACGAGUUCUUUGAGGAGAUAUGUAAGUUCAAGUACAUGAACUACAGGAAAGUGCGAAUUGAAUAA